AUGCUUGUACUCAACAGUUUUCGUCGGUUAAUCAACACUCAGUCGAUAUCAUUCCAACCAAGGAUUAGAAAAUUAUUUAUUCAAGUCCAAGAAACUCCCAAUCCUAACAGCUUAAAAUAUUUUCCUGGUAAACCUGUACUAGGUUCUGGUACUAGAGACUUUCCAUCUUGCACGCAAUCCACGUCUUCCCCGUUGGCUAGACAGUUGUUUCGAAUCGAAGGGGUUGAACGAGUCUUCUUUGGUCCUGAUUUCAUCACGAUUACUAAGAAUGACGACUUCGAAUGGGCUGUAAUAAAACCUGAUGUAUAUGCGACUAUAAUGGAUUUCUACAGUUCUGGACAACCUGUUGUCAGUGAAGAAAAAGCACAAGACUUAAAUAAAACCUGUGAUGAAGAAGAUGAAACAGUAUUAAUGAUAAAAGAACUACUGGAUACCCGAAUAAGACCCACUGUUCAAGAAGACGGCGGUGAUAUUAUUUUCAAGGAUUUUAAAGAUGGUAUAGUGCGAUUAAAACUACAAGGAUCUUGCUCAAGUUGUCCUAGUUCCGUAGUUACUUUGAAAAAUGGUGUACAGAAUAUGCUUCAGUUUUAUAUACCAGACGUAUUAGGCGUCGAACAAGUUGAAGAUGAAUUAGAUGCGGUAUCCAAAGAACAGUUUGACAAAUUAGAACAGAACAUACAUAAUAAAGAGAAAAGUGAAUGA